UCCAGUCACUCUGGGCUCCUGCUAUUUUUCCUGGACGUGGUGGGCUUAUUUUGUCAGAGGCCCUCAGCCAGGCAGAGAGGCCUGUGGCUCUGCCCGGGUGAGACCGACAAAGGAGCGAGGAGGAGGAGAAGGAGAAGAAAGAGGGUGCCAGGGGAGCCUGAGGAGGAUCUGCUUUCACAAAGGGGAGACACACUGGACCUGAGUUUGGGAUUUUACAAUAAACAUUAACUUUCACAGGAAUUUGGAGCUUGUCUAAGGUGAAGGCAUCAAGAUGGCGUCGAACACAGAAGCGGCCAAGCCGAUCAUCAUGAAUGAAGAGGAGCUGAAGAGGAAGCAGAGGGAGAAGCUUAAGAAACUACAGGCCACUGGAGGAAACCCUCGACCCGCGAGAUCUCUCUUCCUGUUCAACCUCAAAAAUCCCUUCCGCAAAGCCUGCAUCAACAUAGUGGAGUGGAAAACCUUUGAGAUCAUCAUCUUAUUGACCAUUUUUGCAAACUGUGUAGCUUUGGCUGUGUUCCUGCCCAUGCCUGAAGACGACACCAACAACACCAACUUAAAUUUGGAAAGUCUGGAGUAUAUCUUCCUGGUCAUCUUCACGUUGGAGUGCUUCUUGAAGAUAGUAGCGUAUGGGUUUGUGUUCCAUGAAGGGGCCUAUUUACGAAACUGCUGGAACAUAUUGGACUUUGUCAUCGUCUUCAUGGGUCUCUUUACCUUAUUUAUGGAUACUGUAAACAUGGUGUCAGGUGUGCCAAAGGAGAAGGGUGGGGGGUUUGAUAUGAAAGCACUGAGAGCUUUCAGAGUACUGCGGCCUCUACGCCUCGUUUCUGGAGUCCCCAGCCUACAGGUGGUAAUGAACUCCAUCCUUAAAGCGAUGCUGCCUCUUCUACACAUUGCUCUGCUGGUCUUCUUACUGGUCACUAUCUAUGCCAUCAUGGGGCUGGAGCUCUUUAAGUGCAAAAUGCAUAAGACCUGCUAUUACAAAGGCACAAAUAUCUAUGCCACAGCAGAGGGAGAACUGCCUGCCCCCUGUGCUCAGGCUGGUAAUGGACGCCGCUGCAUCAUCAAUGGCACGGAAUGUCGGCCCGGCUGGGAAGGUCCCAACAACGGGAUCACCCACUUUGAUAACAUUGGCUUUGCCAUGCUGACAGUAUACCAGUGUAUCACCAUGGAAAGCUGGACCAAAGUGCUCUACUGGGUGAAUGAUGCCAUAGGGAAUGAAUGGCCGUGGCUCUAUUUUGUUCCUCUAAUUCUGCUGGGCUCAUUCUUCGUGCUCAAUCUGGUUCUGGGUGUGCUCAGUGGAGAGUUUACCAAAGAGCGAGAAAAGGCCAGGUCACGUGGAGAGUUCCAGAAGUUACGAGAGCGUCAGCAGCUGGAUGAGGACCUCCACGGCUACAUGGAGUGGAUCACUCACGCUGAAGUCCUGGAUGCUGAUAGAGAAGGAAAAGGACUCCUGCCUUUGUCCAGUGGAGAUUCAGACACAGACAGUCUGUAUGACCUGGAGGGCAAGAGUCGAAUAAUCUAUUACUACCGCCUGGCUCGGCGCUGGAACCGUUUCUUCAGGAUGAAGUGCCUGGUGUACGUGAAAACCAGGGCGUUUUAUUGGGUGGUGAUGUUCCUGGUCUUCCUCAACACUCUGACCAUAGCCACAGAGUACCACCACCAGUCUGAAAGCCUGACUUCCUUUCAAGAUGUGGCUAGCCGGGUGCUGCUGGUGCUGUUUGUCAUUGAGAUGUUUGUGAAGAUGUAUGCUCUGGGACCCAGGGCAUAUUUCAUGUCUCUAUUUAACCGUUUUGACUUCUUUGUGGUACUAUGUGGUAUCCUGGAGAUGAUCAUGCUGUCUGCAGGUGCUGUGGCUCCCCUGGGUUUCUCUGUACUCAGGUGUAUCCGCCUGCUGAGGAUCCUCAAAGUCACAAAGUACUGGAAGUCACUCAGUAAUCUUGUGGCCUCUCUCCUCAACUCCGUUCGCUCCAUUGCCUCCCUCCUUCUUCUUCUUUUCCUCUUCAUUGUCAUUUUCUCACUCCUGGGCAUGCAGGUUUUUGGAGGGAAAUUUAACUUCUCUGACCACAGAGCCAGGCGCAGCAACUUUGACAACUUCCCUCAGGCCUUGAUCAGUGUGUUUCAGAUCCUCACAGGAGAGGACUGGACAUCCAUCAUGUACAAUGGAAUCAUGGCCUAUGGAGGCCCUGUCAUUCCUGGCAUUCUGGUCUCCAUCUACUUCAUUAUUCUCUUUGUCUGUGGAAACUAUAUCCUCCUCAACGUCUUCCUCGCUAUCGCCGUCGACAACCUCGCAGAGGCUGAGAGUUUGACUUCAGCUCAGAAAGAAAAGGCAGAGGAGAAGUUGAGGAAGAAGCUGCUAAGGGCAAAAAUGCCUGAGAAGACUGAUGAGGAGAGAGAGAGGAUAGCUAAGAAACUGGCUGAGCAGAGGGCCAAGAUAGAAGGCAUGCCCACCACAGCCAAGCUCAAAAUCGAUGAAUUUGAGUCUAAUGUCAAUGAAGUGAAAGAUCCAUUUCCACCAGCUGAUUUCCCAGGUGAUGAUGAGGAGGAAGAGCCUGAAAUCCCUAUCAGCCCCCGGCCCCGACCAAUGGCGGAUCUGCAGCUGAAGGAAGAAGCAGUUCCGUUACCUGAAGCUAGCUCCUUUUUCAUUUUUGGCCCUCAGAACAAGUUCCGUAAAUUGUGCUACAAGAUCAUCAAUGCUUCGUCCUUCACCAACUUAAUCCUCCUCUUCAUCCUGCUCUCCUCCAUCUCAUUGGCAGCUGAGGACCCCAUUGAUCCCAAGUCCUACAGAAACCAGAUCUUGGCCUAUGCUGAUAUUGUCUUCACAUCUGUGUUCACCAUUGAGAUUGUACUGAAGAUGACGGUGUAUGGAGCGUUCAUGCACAAAGGCUCGUUCUGUCGUAACUCUUUCAAUAUUCUGGAUCUGAUUGUGGUCGGAGUGUCUCUUCUGUCUAUGGGAAUGGAAUCCAGUGCCAUCUCCGUCGUGAAGAUUCUCAGGGUGUUGAGGGUGCUGAGGCCUCUCAGAGCUAUCAACAGAGCCAAAGGAUUAAAGCAUGUGGUCCAGUGCGUAUUUGUGGCCAUCAAAACAAUUGGUAACAUCGUCCUGGUCACCCUGCUGCUGAAUUUCAUGUUUGCCUGCAUAGGAGUCCAACUCUUUAAGGGUAAAUUCUACAGCUGCACAGAUGUGUCCAAAGUGACUGAGGAGGAAUGCCAGGGAUUCUACUUGAAGCAUAUGGAGAAUUCCCUGCAAGACACAGUAGUGGCUAAGAGAGAAUGGCUCAACAAUGACUUUAACUUUGACAACGUGCUCAAUGGAAUUCUGGCUCUGUUCACCGUUUCCACAUUCGAGGGCUGGCCAAAACUCUUAUACAGAGCCAUAGAUUCAGCUGAAGAAGACAUGGGUCCAGUCUUCAACAACCGUGUCGAUGUGUCCAUCUUCUUCAUUAUCUACAUCAUCAUCAUAGCCUUCUUCAUGAUGAACAUCUUUGUGGGCUUUGUCAUAGUCACCUUCCAGGAGCAGGGUGAGCAGGAGUAUAAGAACUGUGAGCUGGACAAGAACCAGCGCCAGUGCGUGCAGUACGCUCUGAAGGCUCGUCCUCUGAAGUGCUACAUACCCAAAAACCCGUACCAGUACAGGGUCUGGUACAUUGUCACCUCCUGCUACUUUGAGUACCUCAUGUUCUUUCUGAUUAUGCUGAACACUUUGUGUCUGGGGAUGCAGCACUGUAAUCAGUCGGACCACGUCACAAAGCUGUCAGACAUUCUCAACUUAAUCUUCACGGUGCUCUUCACCGUGGAGAUGAUUCUUAAGCUCAUGGCCUUCAAAGCAAGGGGUUACUUUGGAGACCCGUGGAAUGUGUUUGACUUCAUUAUUGUUGUUGGUAGCGUUGUUGACGUCAUCCUGAGUGAAGUCGAUAGUGCCCUGGCCGAUAGUGGAGGACUGUACUGUCUCCAUGGCUGUGAGACGAAUCCAAUGCAAGUCAUUGCGGCCUCUGAAAAUGCUUCUGUUUCCAUCACUUUCUUCCGACUCUUCCGUGUUAUGCGUCUGGUCAAACUGCUGAACCGUUCGGAGGGCAUCCGUAACCUGCUGUGGACCUUCAUCAAAUCUUUCCAGGCUCUGCCUCAUGUAGCUCUGCUCAUCGUGAUGCUCUUCUUUAUCUACUCUGUCGUUGGGAUGCAGAUCUUUGGAAAGAUAGCAUUAGUGGAUGGUACCCAAAUCAACCGCAACAACAACUUCCAGACAUUCCCUCAGGCUGUUCUGAUGUUAUUCCGAUGUGCCACUGGAGAGGCUUGGCAAGAGGUCAUGAUGGCGUCAAUGUAUGGAAAAAAGUGUGACCCCAAGUCUGACUUCCUGCCAGGAGAAGAGUACACCUGUGGGUCCAAUUUUGCUGUCUUUUACUUCCUCAGCUUCUACUGUCUCUGUGCCUUCUUGAUCCUCAACUUGUUCGUAGCCGUUAUUAUGGACAAUUUUGACUAUCUGACCCGUGAUUGGUCUCUGCUUGGUCCACACCAUCUGGAUGAGUUUAAAAAGAUCUGGGCUGAAUAUGAUCCCGAAGCUACGGGGAGAAUCAAACAUCUGGAUGUGGUGACGCUGCUGCGAAGUAUUCAGCCUCCUCUGGGCUUUGGCAAAUUCUGUCCUCACCGGGCUGCAUGCAAGCGCUUGGUCGGUAUGAACAUGCCUCUCAACAGUGAUGGCACGGUCACCUUUAACGCCACCCUCUUCGCUCUGGUCAGGACUGCACUCAAAAUUAAAACGGAAGGUAUGGUGUACCCAGACUUGUACAUGUUUUAUACAACAUACAUGUUUCCUUCACCCUCAUCUGCUACUACUGUAACAACCCUCCGUUAUCUUGAAUCGUUCCUAACAGGUAAUUUUGAGCAGGCCAAUGAGGAGCUGAGAGCCAUUAUAAAGAAGAUCUGGAAGCGCACCAGCAUGAAACUGUUAGACCAGGUCAUUCCUCCUAUUGGAGAUGAUGAGGUGACUGUGGGGAAAUUCUACGCCACCUUCCUUUUGCAAGACCAUUUGCGCAAGUUCAUCAAGCGUCAAGAGGAGUAUUACGGCUACCGUCCAACUAAGAAGAGUGCCUCAGGUCCAGAGAUCCAGGCGGGUCUGAGGAGUAUAGAGGAAGAAGCAGCUCCAGAAAUGCACAGAGCCAUCUCAGGAGACCUGCAGAAUGAAGAAGAGAUGGAAAGAGCCAUGGAGGAGGCAGGAGAAGAGGCCAUUUAUCAGCGUUCACACCACCUGUUUGGUAACCGGGUAGAGUCGUUCUCCACUGAGCCGGCUAACACUCAGUCCCAACAGGUGACCAACAUGCGGCCGCUCAGUUUCGCUGAAAGCCAGCCCGAGUCCCCACCAAGCUCAGCCUCAGCCUUGGUGUCUGGUACAGAAUUUUUCCCCACAGCUCCACCAAAGAGCAACACUAACAACAACGCCUUUGCAGAAUUUUCAUUUGAAAGAGAAGGGACUCCAGAUGACUUUUACAAUCCUUGUGAGGAUGAGGAGGCAGCCAGCAGACAUGCCUGGAACUUCACAGUGAGAACAGACAGAACACAGUUCCCUUAUGACCCUAACUAUGGUGACAGUCAGAGUCAGAGUUCACGCACUGCAGCCGACCACCUCGUCCAAGAGGCUCUAGAGAAGGGUGGACUGGUCUCCCUGGCCAGGGACCCGGGCUUUGUCUCAUUAACGAAGAAAGAGAUGGCUGAAGCCAUGCACAUCUCAGUAUCUGACAUGGAGGGUGUGGCUCAGGGCAUCCUGAAAGAACGCUCCAGCAGCAUGACCCCCGUUAAAAAGCGGCGUCCCAUCCCUGUCCCUCCUCCUGCCCCAGCGGCGGCAACAGUGGUAACAGGCCGGCCAGAUCCGGCUGUGAGGAGAAAGAAACGUCCAAUUCCCACGGUUCCCUCCGCACGGGGACCGUCUGAAGCCGACUCCGGAGUGUAGGGACUGCCACCUGGAUUUUACAUGGUUAUCAUGACAGUUUUGUAUUUUGAACACUAGUGUGUGACUCCAACUCACAUCACUUUACCAAGCUUGUUGCUUCUUUGAAAAUCUGUAUCAGUCAGGAUGGCUCAGUGCCUACAGACAGUUUGGAUACGGUUUCAUGUUUUGGUUGAAACAUUAACUGAGAAGUAACAAUAUAUCUGAUAAUGAAACAUCUAAUACUUCAGAUUUGACGAAUUAAUAAAAACGCUGUACUUGUCUCAGAGUAAAUGGAUUGAUGCACUUCUUUCUUUGUAGUGUUUGUUGAGGUUAUCCAUUCCAUAGCCUUUGGGACAGCCACGUCAGUGAGCCGAGUGUCUUACUAAUGAGGAAUGAGGAAGGUCAGAAAGUGACCUGUGGUGAAAAUGUCACUCAGUGAAUUCAUACAGAAGGUAACUUUACUGCGUCUUUACUGUGAUGCAGUUCAAACAGGACAAUGGCACAGGACUCCACUAGGGGGAACCAGUGGUUUCUUUGCAUUCAGGCCCCAAAAUAUUUAAGCGUCUUAAAGGGGCUCUGGUGCUAACAGUGCAAGAUGAAGGCUGUGAAGCAGUGUCCUCUGAUCUGUUAGGAUUUCACAGUGUUGUAAUCUGUUAGUGUCGAACAAGAUUUCUUUUGUUCACAAAUGUUGUUAUAUUAACCGUGAGGGGAAACUGAGGUAAAUCUAAUGGAAUUAUUAACUACUGAUCGAGCUAUAAUAAAUAUUUUAUGAAUUUCAAACACAAACUGAAGCAGUUGAGCAGUGCCUACAGUUUUUACGUCACUCUAACGCUACACGUUUUGUGUUUCACACAUAAAUUCGUAAUGAAUAAGUGCUGGAAGAAGUUUAGUAAAGAUUCAUCAGCAUACCUGGGGUAUGGUUGAUCUAGCUUGAUACGUCACUGAAGCUUGUCAUUUUAUUCAUAACUGUGUGGAUAGGAUUUUUGCAUUGUUUCGUGUUUGUGCUUAACAUCAGGUAUCGACAGGACUGUUUUGUUUUAUACAUUAUCCUCUGACCUGCUGUCAUGCAUACUUAUUGUUUAAAAUGAUGGAGAUACUAUUAGUUUGAGUUAUUCUCCCAUCAUAAUUCUAAAGUUCUAAAUCUGUGCCACUGAGGCUUGGUUUUACUUUGGUAUGUUCACCUUGGCAAAAAAAAAUAAAUCAUCCAGAAGAUGUA